UACCGAUUUAUUCAUAGAUAUACACAUAAAAUGCAAUUCCAAUCUGUUAUCAUUGCUUUAACUGCCAUUACCGCUGUUCAGGCCGCUAACGCCUCCAACGCUUCCAACGCCACCAACGGAUCCUCCAUCUCCGAUGAUUCUGGUGCUGCCUUUGUUUCUACUGGUUUGUUGGGAGCCGCUGCUGCCGCCGGUGUUGCUUUGUUGUUGUAAGCUUCUAGCUUUCUACUUAGCAUAACAAAAAUUUCGUUUCAUUUGGUUGUUUUAAUUUCUCCCGUUGACUAAUGCUAUGUCACUUUCCAUCAACGGCUGUUAUUAAAGUAUUGUAUUGAUUAUAUAUUUUAAUAGAAAAUUUCAUUGUUCAACGAUUAGACGAGAUGCCACAUGUUCCGAGUGCCUGGUCAUGUGCCAAAACCGGGCCAUUUGGAAGCAUGACUGUAAAUAUGACCAUAAACUCGUGACCGUACUCAUGACCAUAAACCUAACGGUUGUUUGGGAUGACCAAAGCCUAAUCUCGAGACUAUCUUUAGGCAGCAUUGUCAAGCAACUCUAGAUGUGCACGGGUUCUCACGCACUGAUAACGAGGCAACACAGGCGAGCCUCCUGCACGUUGCCAUGGCGGCACUGAAAAAGGUUUUGCAGGUUAGAGCUGUAUUUGCAUGUUGGACCCACCCCGUGGCAACCGCAGCAAGCCUUGCGCCACACAUUGCUGCUGGAACUCGUCAUGGACUUCUUUGAACUUCCAUGGAGUUCUUGCUCAGUGGGUGUCAAUUAGGUAUGCUCAACUGUCUUGCCACAGUUACUCAUAGCUGGCUUAUGUGGCGACGCGGAAGAGCGAUCUUGGGUAGCAAAGGUUGAGUGAGGGCAGCGACGCUGUUGCGCAGCAUUUGACAGACUGCGAAUUUUGCAAUCAGCCGUCAAUCUCAUCUGAAUCGUCUGAAUCUCCCAUCAACUACCUUGAUAGGUAGGGCGCAGUGAACUGUUCUUACCGCUACGCAGGUGCACUCAGCCAUGGUACUCGUAGGUCUCGGGCACAAAGUUCUGAAGCAUCUGCAAAUUGCUGCUAAUGUCAACUCCAUUCAGCAGAAGCUGGUAAAGCGCCAUAUCCGUCUGACUCUG